CAUUACAAUCGUUAAAAAUUUGAUAUCGUAUAAUUCUGAUAAAUCUUAAUUUACAAUGAUUUUGAUGAUAUUCAUUAUGCGAUACGUUGCAAUUCGGCUAUCGACAUUUCAGAACAAUUUCAAAACGAUAACCUCUAGUAGUCAGCGUUUGUCAAAAGGUUAAAAUAGGUUAGAAACAUUAUUAUGUGGCAAAUUGUAAAUUUCUAAAUUUACAAUACAAUGUCAAUAAGUAAUUUUGCGACACGCCGAACACGUCAAUCAUUUAUUUUGUUAAAAUUUUGACUUACUUGUUAAAGAAACCAAAUUGUUCAUUUAAUAAUCAAAUGCCUAGUUGAUAUGCUUAGUUCCGGAAGCCCUAAGGAUUCCCAGAAUGAUUCUAAUGCCGCCAACGAUACUUUUGACCAAAGGCCAUUUAAGAGAAAACUUACACGAUCAUCUAAUUCCAGUGAAAACUCUGAUAUGGGAACAGAGGAUGUUAUAUUUUAUGAAGGCAUUCAUGAUGAACGACAUGACUUGUUGGAGGAUUCAUCCUGCAACAAAUUUUAUCAAAAUAGACCAAGAACUUUGAAAAUGAAGAACAGCUCACCCAAUGUAGUAGAGCUGCAAUGUGAUACGUCUUUUAAUCCCAAAUCUGUUUUUAGUGAAGAAACAGUAUGGGUAAUUACUGUACAAUUAUUUAUCCCGUUUCUGCUGGCAGGAUUUGGGAUGGUUGCUGCCAGUCUAAUGUUAGAUUUAGUGCAGCAUUGGCCAGUUUACCAAGAUAUACCAGAGGUAUAUAUAUUAGUACCUGCAUUAUUAGGCUUGAAAGGAAACUUGGAAAUGACUUUGGCCUCCAGACUGUCAACACAAGCUAAUUUGGGUCUUAUGGACACUAUGAAGCAACAAAUCAAUAUGGUUGCAGGCAACUUAUCAUUAAUUCAAUGUCAAGCGAUUGUGGUUGGUUUCUUAGCAUCUUUGGCUGCAGUUGCGAUGGGUUGGGUGCCAGAAGGACAUUUCGACUCGAAUCAUGCUUUUCUUUUGUGUGCUUCAAGCAUACUAACAGCUUCUUCAGCUAGUUUUAUGCUCGGAUUGAUCAUGGUAGCCGUAAUAGUACUUUCUAGGAGACUGAACAUAAAUCCAGAUAAUGUUGCAACACCUAUUGCAGCUAGUUUAGGAGAUUUAACUACAUUGGCUCUGCUAUCAUACUUAUCCUCAUAUUUAUAUAAAAGGAUAGAAACUGCACCACAUAUAUCCAUUAUAAUAAUUCUAUUUGGAAUAUUAUUGGUACCGCUCUGGGGAUUAGCAGCUUCAAAAAAUGUUCAUACAAAAGAAGUACUAAAUUCUGGUUGGACACCAGUUAUAUCUGCAAUGCUCAUUAGCAGUAUAGGAGGACUUAUACUAGAUUUUACAGUAUCAAACUAUAAAGGCAUUGCUGUCUUUCAACUUAUAAUAAAUGGUGUUGGUGGCAACUUGGUUGCUGUACAGGCCUCAAGAAUUUCAACUGCCUUGCAUAUGGAGCAAAGAAGAGGUUGCUUGCCAGCUGGUCAGAAUGCACUUUGCCUAAACCCUAUAACAUUAUUCUGCAACAAAGGUGGCCAUGCUCGAACUGCAAGGGUUCUAUUGGCAAUGGUUGUUCCUGGUCAUUUAAUAUUUUCCUAUACAAUUAGUUACCUUAAAGCAGGACACACGUCUUUCACUCCUACUUUUAUUAUCACAUAUUUAACGGCAGCUACUGUACAGGUUUUAUUGUUAUUGUAUAUAGGCCAGGUUAUGAUCAAUUGGAUGUGGAAACAUUAUAUAGAUCCUGAUAAUUCAGCCAUACCAUAUUUAACUGCUAUUGGAGAUUUGUUAGGUACAGCUUUGCUUGGAGUCGCGUUCCAGUUCCUAUACAUUAUUGGAGACAAAGAUAGUGAUGUUGGUGAUUAAUAUAAUUUAUUAUGAGAUGAUAAUUCCGAGAACUGUGUUUAAAUUAAAUUAAAAAAAUUUUAGUGCUUUGUAUAAACUAAAAGAAGUGAUUGACUUAAAGUGUGAAAUAUGAAUUCUGUCAUUUA